AAUUCCCUCCGUCCAACAAAUGAGAAUAGGAGGGGUCUUGCCACCCUCUUUCCCCUCCUCUCUCUCUCUCUCCUCUCCUCCCCUCCUUCUUCUCCUCCUCCUCAAAAAAAGUCUCUUUUGACCGUCAUCUCCUUCUUCCCUUCUUCCUCCUAUCUGCUUCCAACUUUCCUCUUUAUCAAAACCCCUUUACAUUCCCCUCUGUCUAUAUAUACACAUAGAUAAACACAAAACCCAUUUCUCUGUAUAUAUAAAACCAAAUUUGUUUCAAUUUAAUUUUAUUCUUCUGCAAAGGAAACAAGAUGGGUAGCUGUUUUUCGACCACCAAGGUGAACGGGUCAAACAGCAAUUCCGCCGCACCCAAACACCGCAAAGAGACCACAAAACCACAACCAACGGCUACGACAACGGUAACGACGAAGAAAAGAAAUGGGUCCCAUUAUAAUAAUCAACAGAAGGCGCAAGAAAGUGGAGACGAAAAACAGGGGAAUUCUCAGGUUCAGAGAAGUAGUAAGACGAAGAGGCAAGGCGGGGGAGUUAUUCCGUGCGGGAAAAGGACGGAUUUUGGGUACGAUAAGGAUUUCGAUGGACGGUACACGAUUGGGAAGCUGUUAGGGCACGGUCAGUUUGGGUAUACCUACGUUGCCACCGACAAGUCUAGCGGAGAUCGUGUUGCUGUCAAGAGAAUUGAGAAGAACAAGAUGAUUCUUCCGAUAGCUGUUGAGGAUGUUAAGCGAGAGGUCAAAAUAUUGAAAGCCUUAGGUGGCCACGAGAAUGUUGUUCAGUUCUAUAAUGCAUUUGAGGAUGAUUCUUAUGUGUAUAUAGUCAUGGAGUUGUGCGAAGGUGGUGAAUUGUUGGACCGUAUUUUGUCCAAAAAAGAUAGUCGUUAUUCUGAGAAAGAUGCAGCCGUAAUUGUGCGGCAGAUGCUUAAAGUAGCAGCCGAGUGUCAUUUACAUGGUUUGGUGCACCGUGACAUGAAACCAGAGAAUUUUCUUUUCAAGUCGUCGAAAGAGGAUUCACCUUUGAAGACAACAGAUUUUGGUUUGUCAGACUUCAUAAGACCGGGGAGGAAGUUUCAGGAUAUCGUUGGCAGUGCGUACUAUGUCGCUCCUGAAGUUUUGAAACGUAAAUCGGGGCCAGAAUCAGAUGUUUGGAGUAUUGGUGUAAUUACCUACAUAUUGCUCUGUGGGAGACGCCCCUUUUGGGACAGAACCGAGGAUGGUAUAUUUAAGGAGGUUUUAAGAAACAAGCCUGACUUUCGUCGCAAACCAUGGCCAACCAUAAGCAACAGUGCAAAAGAGUUCAUCAAGAAGCUGCUGGUUAAGGAUCCUCGUGCAAGACUUACCGCCGCUCAGGCCUUGUCACACCCAUGGGUUAGAGAAGAUGGGGAUGCUUCAGAGAUUCCUUUGGAUAUCUCGGUCCUAUCGAACAUGCGGCAAUUUGUGAAGUACAGUCGUUUAAAACAGUUUGCUCUUCGGGCAUUAGCUAGCAUACUUGAUGAUGGAGAAUUGGCUGAUCUUCGAGAUCAGUUUGAUGCGAUUGAUGCCGAUAAAAAUGGUGCUAUUAGUCUUGAAGAAAUGAGACAGGCCCUUGCGAAAGAUCUACCUUGGAAGUUGAAAGAAUCACGUGUUCUAGAGAUUCUUCAGGCGAUUGACAGUAACACCGAUGGACUCGUGGAUUUCACAGAGUUUGUUGCAGCAACAUUACAUGUCCAUCAAUUAGAGGAACACAACUCAGAAAAGUGGCAUCAGUGGUCACAAGCUGCUUUCGAGAAAUUUGAUGUGGAUAGAGAUGGAUAUAUAACCCCAGAAGAACUUCGAAUGCACACAGGGUUGAAAGGCUCCUUAGAACCACUUCUAGAGGAGGCCGAUAUCGACAAAGACGGUAAGAUUAGUCUACCAGAAUUCCGUAGGCUUCUAAGAACUGCGAGCCUGAGUUCUUCUAGAAAUGUAACUAGCCCAUCUGGUCACCGGACUUCUCGGAAGACAUAGACUAAGAGAAAGAGUUGGAGUUCCUUUUCAGAAUCUUUUGCUUGAAGAUUGAUUGUACUUGGGCUCUUUUGGUGCUUCUGUCUAGUGCAAUUUUGUUGAACCAAUUAAAUAUGGGGCUGCAACAGUGAUACUGAUAUUAUGACGUGAUAUCACUGUUCCACUCGAUAUUUACGCCGUUUUGUGGACCUUUCUAAAAUUUUGAAUGAUUAGGGACAGGAAUUCUGAUAGGUUCAUGAUCUAGAGUCAGGUCAUCACGCUGCCGUGAUGUUUCUGGUAAUGUAUAUACUACAUGUAUUGUAUCGAGUCUUCUGUUGUUCUUUGCCUCAUUGUAAUGUGGGAGAUAUUAUCGAAAUUAUACAAUGUAUUCAUGAUUUAGUUCGUUUU